AUGAGUAAUAACGUCAGUAAUGUAACCUUGACGAUUACCGAUAGACUUCAAUGGAAGCGUGCAACCGGCAAGGAUAGGGGUUUUCGGUUCAUUGUCCAACGGGCUCCCACAAUGAGGGCGCGAUGUCGAAAGUGCUCGGAAUAUAUAGUAAAAGGAGAACUCAAAUGGGGGAUACCCAUUCGUCACGCUCAAGGAGAAUAUGGAUGGAUAUCGGCGUGGCAGCAUCUAGGGUGUACGCGGAUUGCUUUAGAUGAUGCAGUUGGGGAUUUGAUUUAUGGGUUUGAAAGCCUUUCUACAGAAGAGAAGAAUGAAGUACUGAGGGAAGUUACUUCUUCUCUUAUACCACCCCAUUUGCUUCCCUUGGAUCCUGAUGAUUUGGUAAAGCGGGGGGCUCUUUCUGAAAUGGAGCCGUCUUCUGAACUAUUGCGUCCUCUUCUUCGUUACCAAAAGGAGGGAUUGGGCUGGAUGAUAGCUCAAGAGCAAUCAGACAUUAAAGGAGGUAUUCUGGCUGAUGAAAUGGGAAUGGGAAAAACGAUACAAAUGAUCAGUCUCCUACUUGCAAAUCGUGUGGUGGGCCCGACCAUAAUCAUCUGUCCUGUUAGCUCUAUGCUUCAGUGGAAAGCUGAAAUAAACGAACAUGUUGUUCCAGGGGCAUUGUCUAUUUCAGUGGUGGAUCGUGCCAUUCAUCUUAAAAAAGAAGACAUGGAAAAUGCGGAUGUAGUAUUAACUACCUAUCCUAUGGUGGAGCAGUCAUGGAGAGCAGUGAUUAAUAAGACUAAAGUACAUUGUCCCUAUUGUGAACAGCUUUUUCUUCCGCGCCAACUUGUUGUCCACAAUCGGUACUUUUGUGGUCCCAAGGCUAAGAAAACAGCUAGGCAGCGAAAGCGAGAAAAAGGACAUGAUGAUGUACACGUAUUACCCAAUCGUGGGGUUCAGUCUAAAGAAACAAUUAAAAAAGGUCUUAGAACUUUGCGUGUUGAUGUCGACGAUAACAAUGACGAAGACAGUUUUGUGGGCGAAACUGAAAUCAUAAAAGAAAGAGGCGUUGUUGGACCAAUGGGCAUGUAUCGCGAACUUAUGUUCGAGGCUGGACGUAGGAUUAGAAGUGGAUGGGAACCUGCCAGAAAUAUGAGUGAAAGUAGCGAUAGUAUGAGUAGCUGGGUGACAAGCAGUACAGAAUCAGAGGAUGAUAAUGAAGAAGAAGAUACUAAUAGAGAUGAAGAAACAUUUUCUGCCUUUCAAUGUCCUAAUUGUAAAUUUCAGCUGUUACGUUAUCCUUUUUGUCCCAAAACAGGUCAACAUCACUUCUUGUCCGAACAAAUGAGAAAUAUUAUUGAAACAGAUAAUGGUGGUGAUGAUAUUGAUAUUUCUGCAUCUAUAUUUCAUUCAAUAAAAUGGACUCGCAUUGUGUUGGACGAAGCACAUCGCAUCAAAGGACGUAAUACAAGUACUUCACGAGCGACGUUUGCUUUACAGGGUGAAUAUCGAUGGUGUCUCACAGGAACACCUUUACAAAAUCGUGUGGGCGAUGUCUAUAGUCUUAUUCGCUUUCUUCGCAUGACCCCGUUUGCAAGGUAUUAUUGUGGAACUGAAGGGUGCUCCUGUUCAUCAUUUUCCCAUCCAUUUUCAGGAAACAACUUGCGUCAGUGUAUCUUCUGUGGUCAUGGACCAGUGCAGCACUAUGCAUAUUUUAAUCGUCACAUAAUGAAUCCUAUACUACGAUACGGUUAUGUGGGAGAUGGUCGCCAGGGUAUGAUGAAGUUAGCCAAUGAAGUGCUUCAGAAAUGUAUGCUGCGUCGCACAAAAAUUGAAAGGGCAAGUGAUCUACAUCUUCCUCCGCUUAGUAUUAAAAUUGUUAAAGUAAAACUUACCAAAGAGGAACGAAAUUUUUAUGACUCAUUGUAUAAAAAAAGUACAGCUACAUUUGAUACUUUUGUAGAUAAAGGUACAGUUUUGCAUAACUACGCCCAUAUCUUUCAACUUUUAAGUCGCUUGCGCCGGUCUCUUGAUCAUCCUUUACUUGUUGUGGAGUCUAUGAACGUGGGCAAGGAUGUCCAUCCAAAGGGGGUUUGUGGUAUCUGUACGGAAGGUGGUGGCGAAAACUCCAUCCAUCUAAACCCUUGUAAACAUAUAUUCCAUCGUAUUUGUCUUACCCAGUUUAUUGAAGGUUCACCUGGAAAUGAAUAUCAUUGCCCAACGUGCUUUGUGAUAAUUAACAUUGACUUGCGUCAGCUGCGCGCUGACUGGGACGAAGAAGAACCAGCGCCAAUGAUGCCUCCUGAACUUGACGAUGAACUUUCUGAAGCUGAUCAUGAGGAAAAUCCAGUUCAUGAUGGCAUCACCACUAAGAAAACCUCAUCCUCCGAAAAAGCCAUUCCAGUAACAAAGAAGCAAAAAAAAGGUGUUUUGUCACGCAUUGACCUUUCCAAACCCAUCCAAGGAAGCAAACUUGAUGCUAUUACGGAAUACAUUCAGUCUGUGCCGAAGGAUGAGAAGAUAAUUAUCUUCUCACAGUUUGGAGAUAUGCUGGAGCUUCUUCAGAUAUGGUUACAAAGGGCCUCUGUGAAGGCUGUGAAACUUACUGGUGCGCUCAUGCUUUCCCAGCGUCAAGCCGUGUUACAAGCAUUUUUGCACGACACAGGCGUGCGCGCGAUUCUUAUAUCUCUAAAGGCAGGUGGAGAAGGUUUAAAUUUGCAAGUGGCCAACCACGUUAUUCUUGUAGAUCCUUGGUGGAAUCCGGCGGUUGAGAUGCAGGCGGCACAACGCGCGCAUCGUAUUGGGCAAACAAGGCCUGUUCACGUGAUUCGAUUUGUUGUGGAGCAGUCUGUUGAAGAGCGCAUGAUGGAUCUACAGGACAAGAAAAUGCUUGUGAUCGAAGGUACCAUCGAUGGCAAAUUAAGUUCGCUUCAAAGUCUUAGUGAAGACGACCUUCAGUUUCUUUUCACCCGCUAA